AUGAAAAGACCUCACGACUACAGCUCCCCAGACUCUGACACAGAUGAAUUGAUCGACGUCGGACAGGAGGACAGCUACUGUCCUGUCACUGGGUCCAUGUCUCCGGGCAGCACCUCACAAAUCCUGGCCCGAAAGAAAAGAAGAGGGAUCAUUGAAAAAAGACGGCGAGAUAGAAUCAAUCACAGCCUUUCAGAACUCAGGAGGCUCGUGCCCAGUGCUUUUGAGAAACAGGGUUCCUCAAAGCUAGAGAAAGCUGAGAUUCUUCAAAUGACAGUAGAUCAUCUGAAACUGCUGCAUGCCAUGGGGAGUAAAGGCUACUUUGAUGCUCGAGCUUUGGCCGUGGACUACAGAACGCUUGGUUUUCGUGAGUGUGUGGGGGAGGUGGUUCGGUAUCUAAGCACUCUGGAAGGCCUGGAGUCGUCGGAUCCAAUCGGGGCUCGGCUGGUGUCCCAUCUCAGUCACUGUGCCAGCGAAUUGGAUCCCCUCCUUCAGAGCCCCGCCGCCCUGCCCUUCCCCCCUUGGCCCUGGGCCUCUUUCCCGCAGCUCACCGCCCCUUCCACCCCGGGCUCCUCUCCGCCGUUCCCCUCCACCGCUGGCCGUCGGGACCUGGCCCCACACGCGGCCCUCCUCGCUGCCUACCCCUCGCAAGCCCUUCGUGUGGCUCCUCUGGCCGGCCACCAGGGGACAAUGUUGAGCCCCGCCCUGGCUUCCGUACACAGGGUUCCAUCCUUACCCUCCUCUGUUCACAGACUGUCACAGCCUUCCCCUGAGGGUCCCGCCGUCCCAUCACCCCUCCACACAAGCACGUCUUCUUCGACCACCUCUUCCUCAUCCUCCUCUUCUUCCAGCGCUCCUCCACAUGUCUCCUUCAGACCGUUUGCCCCUCUGGGGUCUCCCGCUCCACAGCGCAGGAGCAUGGGCGGAUCCAGCAAGACGACUCAGGCCUGGGGAACAGAGAUCGGGGCUUUCUGA